AUGUCUAACGUCUACGAAGCAAUCAAAAUACUUGAUUCAAAAGAGGAAAGAACUGCACUACGAACCCUCUUCACUAAUAAUCCAGAAAAAAGAGCCGAAGCGGAACGCAUCCUUCCUACAUGUGAGGAUAAUGGAGAGAUAGUUGCUUAUUUCAAAGAACUCUUAAAGCCUGCUCAAGAAGAUGAGGAACUGUUGACUAGGAUUAAAGAAGCUUGGGUAUUCCUUGUCAGCUUUGAGAAUGGCUUCGGCUUACGAACAAAUGAAUCCGACACUUAUUUUGCCAUUGGUAGUCGUAUGCUAUUUCAACUUCUCAGAGAGAAAAUGAUGUUUCCAGAAAUUACCAAUAAAUACGAGCCACCAGAUCCGUUGGAUGUUGUGAAAUUGAUUGCCAAACACCAUAACCGAAACUUGAAAAACGUUACAGUCAUUUUGGUGGUUGACGGCAUGCAACAACUUAUGCUGAACAAUGAUGAUGGUUUAAAGUCGGAUUCUUCGUUUUAUAAGACUCUGACAUCUGUCGCAGAUCUUGCAUUUAAUGGCAUUUUCGUGAUACCCGUUUGCACCUCAACUAUCACUGGGCCGAUUGAUGGUAUGUUGAGAUAUUCUCAGCGGAAACGUAUAUACCUACCGGUCACUUCUCUACAACCCCCAAACUAUCGACAAGGAGAUAGUUUGGUCCCGGUCUUUAAAAAUGAUGAGAUUACUAGUAUUCUUGUGGAAGACUGUGGAGGGCAUGGAAGGGCUCUAGAAGUUCUGAACGAUUGCUUGGUUGGUCUUAACAUUGAAGAAUGCAACGUCAACACUUUGAUGAACGAUCUGCGUUCUAAACUUACUGAAAAAUACCGUAAUUCUAUUCUUGCUUCCGCGGGAGAUGCCAGGCCCAUUGCACGAGCAAUACUGACUCGACGUAUCUUAAAUAGAUAUAAGCCUGUUCCUAAAACUAACAAAACACCAGAUGAAUUUGCUGGGGGUGGGUUAAUUCGAUUCGAACAAAUAGAAAAUAGUCCAAAGGGAUACCUCACUGCACCGUACAUCUGGCUCUGGAUAUUUGUAGAGAUAUCUCAACAUCAAGGAGAUUCAAUACUUCGAGAUUGGGAGUUCGCUGAUUAUGAGGAGCAAAGAGCACUCUUGAAUCCAUCAGCUGUGAUUGAAGAAGAUGAACUAAUAACGAUCUCAGAUGUUCACGCGGGAGCACGUUUGAAUGGUGAUAUCCAAUUUAAAAACCACAAUCUACGACCUGAAAUUGCAAAACAUCAUACAAACACAAAAUCUAAAAGCCUCACUACAAGCGAAUGGAAUGUUGAUUGUUGUAAUUCUACCGUUGAUCCGGGUACCGAGAGUCUGAAUGAAAUCCACCAAUAUAAAUUGCGGGAAAAAGCAGUCAGUAAAAAGGAGUACCAAAAAGAGCGUGAAAAAUCUGCAUCGGAAAAUGAUUUUUUCAUCUUCUUUACAACUACAAAUUGUAAUAUUGAAAUUCAGAAAAG